CACCUCGCACAAACCGGGGAAGAUCCGUGCCGUCCACUUGUCGUGCAAUUCUUUCUUCCCAUCUAUGGCGAGUGUGUGUGGCACCAGUGUAGCGCUCCUUGGUGCCCUAGCCGCAGCGUCAUCGUCCAUAGCUCCUCGCCAGAGAUGUAGGUACGCUCCUCUCGACUCGUUCCCUAGGGCAGGACGCACUGAAAUCUUCGGUUCUUGGAAUGCCGGCAGCGCAAUUCAGUCGCUUCCAUCGAAUUCUUCGCAAUGGUGGAUUUCCAGGCCAGCUACACAAGAUUAUUAUCGAUUGAGAGCGAGCUUGUGGGAUUCUAUCAGCGGUGUUCUAAAGACGAACUCGUCGACUCCAAUUGUAGAGCCAGUUCCCAGAAACGCGGAGGCAGAGAUCGAGGGAGAGGAAGACAUUGUCUUGGUAGAAAAAUGCCAAGAGAAUGGAACAAUACAAAGGAUUGUCUUUGCGACUGGAGCAGAGGUGGAUGUUUAUGAGCUACAACAACUUUGUGACAAGGUAGGAUGGCCGAGAAGACCGGUUGGAAAAGUCGAAGCGGCACUCAAGAACAGCUACAUGGUUGCGACGCUCCAUCUUCACAGACAAUUGCCUUCUGGAGGUUGCGAGGAGAGAUCGCUCAUUGGACUUGCUCGAGCGACGUCGGAUCACGCGUUUAAUGCGACGAUCUGGGAUGUUCUCGUCGAUCCAGACUAUCAGGGACAAGGACUAGGAAAAGCUCUCGUGGAGCAAAUGGUGAGGGCGUUGCUCCGCAGAGACAUUGGAAACAUCACACUUUUUGCAGACGCUCAAGUAGUGGAAUUUUACAGAGCUCUAGGCUUUCAAACGGACCCCGAGGGUAUCAAAGGAAUGUUCUGGUACCCUCGGUUCUAGUGUACAAGGAAAGCGCAGGAUAUUCGCAAUUUGAAAUGGAAAUCUAGGGUUUCUCGGGUGGUUU